AUGGACACUGUGAAAUGUUAUGCAUGGGAGAAGACUUUUCAAUCUCGAGUUCAAAGCGUGCGGACUGAUGAGCUGUCAUGGUUUCGCAGUGCACAGUUCCUUUCUGCUUUCAACAGUUUUAUACUGAAUAGCAUUCCAGUUAUUAUGACAUUGGUUUCGUUUGGGACGUUCACCUUGCUUGGUGGAGAUUUGACGCCUGCAAAGGCAUUUACAUCACUUUCUCUGUUUCAAGUGUUAAGAUACCCUCUAAGCAUGCUUCCUAACUUACUGAGCCAGGUUGUAAAUGCAAAUAUAUCAUUGCAACGCUUGGAGGAACUAUUUUUAGCUGAAGAGAGAAUUUUGGCACCAAAUCCACCUCUUGAACCAGGAAUUCCAGCAGUCUCAAUUAAAAAUGGAAACUUUUCGUGGGAUUUAAAGGUGCGUGACAACAUAUUGUUUGGGUCAGGAUAUGAACCUUCACAAUAUUGGAAAGCUAUUGAUGGGCAUGACCUCACUGAGAUAGGUGAAAGAGGUGUCAAUAUUAGUGGUGGGCAGAAGCAAAGAGUUUCCAUGGCUAGGGCCGUCUACUCCAAUUCAGAUAUAUACAUAUUUGAUGACCCUUUAAGUGCUUUGGAUGCUCACGUUGGUCGAAAGGUCUUCGACAGUUGUAUUAAGGAAGAGUUGCAAGGAAAAACCAGGGUUCUUGUCACAAACCAGCUACAUUUUCUUCCACAGGUGGAUAAAAUUAUUCUUCUCGGUGAAGGUAUGAUUAAAGAGGAAGGAACCUUUGAGGAACUCUCUAAAAAUGGAAAGUUGUUCCAGAGGUUGAUGGAAAAUGCAGGGAAAAUGGAAGGGCAAGUGGAAGAAAAAGAGAAUGGUGAAAACCAGGACUGUAAAAGCUCAGAACCAGCAGCUAAUGGAACAAAUGAGUUGCCACAAAAUGCAAGCAAUAAAAUGAAAGGGAAAGGAGGGAAGUCUGUACUUAUCAAGCAGGAAGAACGAGAAACAGGUGUUGUCAGCUGGAAUGUUUUAAGGAGUUCAAGCCUUCUUGCAGCCAAAAAACUUCAUGAUGCCAUGCUAGAAUCUAUCCUACGAGCUCCAAUGCUAUUCUUCCAUACUAACCCGAGCGGAAGGAUAAUCAAUAGGUUUGCAAAGGAUCUAGGUGAAAUAGAUUGCGAUGUUGCCAGUUUUGCAAACAAUUUUUUAGGCCAAGCUUGGCAGCUGCUUUCAACUUUUGUGCUGAUAGGCAUUAGUACUUCCCGUGAAGUGAAACGCUUGGAUUCCAUUACAAGGUCUCCAGUUUAUGCACAGUUUGGAGAAGCCUUAAAUGGUUUGUCUAGCAUUCGUGCAUAUAAAGCAUAUGAUUGGAUGGCCAUCAUCAAUGGGAAGUCUAUGGACAAUAAUAUCAGAUUUGGCCCGAGCUUCCUCCAGUCUUACAUGGAGAAGCUAGGAAUAGUUGGAAGAACUGGAGCAGGGAAAUCUAGCAUGCUAAAUGCAUUGUUCCGGAUUGUGGAACUGCAAAGAGGAGAAAUCACCAUUGAUGGUUGUGACAUUGCUAAGUUUGGACUGACAGAUUUGAGGAAAGUUCUCAGUAUCAUACCACAAUCACCAGUUCUUUUCUCAGGAACUGUACGAUUUAAUCUUGAUCCAUUUAGUGAACACAAUGAUGCUGACCUAUGGGAGGCUUUAGAGAGGGCACAUUUAAAGGAUGCCAUUAGGAAGAAUUCUUUUGGUCUGGAUGCUGAGGUUCUUGAGGGAGGGGAGAAUUUUAGUGUUGGGCAGAGGCAACUUCUAAGUCUUGCACGAGCACUGCUGCGAAGAUCUAAGAUUCUUGUUCUUGAUGAAGCAACUGCUUCUGUCGAUGUUACAACUGAUGCUCUUAUCCAGAAAACCAUAAUAGAAGAAUUCAGAUCUUGCAUAAUGCUAAUUAUUGCUCACAGACUAAAUACCAUUAUUGACUGCGACAGAAUUCUUGUGCUUGAGGCUGGUCAGGUUUUAGAACAUGGUACCCCAGAGGAACUGCUACAAAAUGAAGGAAGCGCAUUCUCUAGGAUGGUUCAAAGUACAGGGCCAGCAAAUGCUCAAUACUUGUAUAGCCUGGUGUUUGAAAGUAAAGAGCACAAGUUGUGUAAAAGGAAGGAUGGCCAGAGAAGACAGACAGACUCUUCAAGAUGGGCUGCUGCUGCCCAACUGGCCCUGGCUGUUAGCCUCGCUUCUUCAGAGAAUGGUCUUCCAAUGGUAGAUGUUGGAGACGAGGGCAAUGUCCUCAGGAAAACAAAAGAUGCAGUUAUAACACUUCAGGAUGUCCUGGUAGGGAAGCAUGACGAAGCGAUUGGUAAUUCACUUCAACAGAGCCAAGUCCCGCAAGAUGGAUGGUGGUCAGCUUUCUACAGAAUGAUUGAAGCAUGGCAGCGGAGCAAAUUAGAUGAGGUGCAGAGAUGGCCAAGCGCUAGCACAUUUAAGGAGAUAAGAGUACUGCAUAUUAGCUAUCGAGAGGCUGCAGGUACCUGCAGGGAAGUGAUGUAUUAUGUAUAUAUUGAGAGUGAGGAAGGGUAUCCAAACCAAAUCUGGACUUUUAUACAAGAUUAUCCUCACCGCGUCCACACCUACCAUAUAUUAUACGUGCGUGUGCGCCUGCAUCUUUUAUAUCUUCCAAAUAGGAGAAAAGAAAAAUACAGCUUUCAGCCAUGGCCAAAGUGUGCAACAGAACUCCUUUCUACCGUUACAGAAGAAGCCGAAGCCGAAGCCGCUCUCUUUUCUACCCUAGAUACUCUCCAAGGAGAAGCCAGAACCCUAGCCCGAGCCCUAGCAUCUCUCCAAGGUCUUACCCUCGAAGCCCUAGCCCUCGAAGGUCUUACUCUCGAAGCCCUAGCCCUCAAUGACAGUGGUAAAGAAGACCACAACCUCCUUGAUAGCUCUGGCAAAGAAUUAGAUCGAAUAAGUGAAUUGCCCGACUGCAUUAUCCAACAAAUUCUCUCCUUUUUGCCUGCCAAAGAUGCAGUGAAAACCGGCGUUCUAUCCAGUAGAUGGGCCUAUUUGUGGACUACAAUUCCAUGCUUGAGUUUCCGGCAGAUUGAUUUCCCCGGCAGAAUAUGUGCGCGAGAUUUCAUUAAAUUCAUUAAUGCAACCCUAAUGCUUCAUAGGGGUAUGAACAUUGAGAAAUUUUCUCUCAGUUUCCAUGAUCUGGAUAAAUGUCCUCAUAACAAGGUUGAUUUAUUGAUUCGUUACAUGACUCUAGCUAAUGUUAAAAACCUUGAUCUAGAUUUCGGCCCAGCAUCACGUCAAAGACAAACUGGCAAUGACAGAUAUGUCUACAAACUGCCACAGCAGCUGUAUUCAAAUACAUGUCUCGCAAAAUUGUCUUUGUCUAGGUGUAAUAUGAAGCCGGUUGGUGCAAUUAGAUGGCACUCACUCAAGAUUUUAUCGAUUGGAGAGAUGCAAUUAGAUGAUGAUUUGAUGAAAAAUGUAUUAGAGGGAUGUCCUUUGCUGGAAGUUUUGGAGUUAUAUCAGUUUCAUGGACUAAAUAAAUUGAUCUUUAGUAAUAGGAGCUUGAUAAAGUUUGUGAUAAGGGAUCACCAAUAUCAAGAUGAUUCUACCUUUGAUAUCUCAGGCCCGUAUCUUCAAUCAUUGGUUAUGUCCGGGGAUAUGUGGAUGUAUAACUACAGGGUUUUCAAUGCAAAAUCUCUAGUUGAUUGCUCUUUGGAUUUUACCUUUGAUGCAUGGUAUAGUCGAGGCUUUGAGGUGUGCGAAGUAGAUAUGCUACUUGAUCUACUUAAAGAUCUUCACCAUGCCAAAGAACUUACCUUGGGAGCAUGGUUUAUUCAGGUUUUAUCCAUGGUGAAGCUUAAAGGGAUGUCUUGUCCGCUGCCUGAAUGCAGAUAUUUGGCAAUGGACACAUGCUUGAAGAACUGGGACUUCCCUGGGAUAGCAUGCCUUUUAGAAAAUUCACCUUCCUUAGAGACACUAAUCAUAAACUUGACAACAAUUUCCAUUCCAGAGGUAUGUUUUGACGAGGAUGAUCCGUUAAUGGCUGAUGCAGAAAACUAUUGGAUGUAUCAAACAAUAAGGAACUUCAAGUGUUUGAUGCUGUAUCUGAAGACUAUUAAAAUCACUGAGGUUUUACCAUGGAAUUUCGGUGAAUUUGUUGUCCCAUUGGUACAUUUUUUGGUUUCGAAUGGAAGGGUUCUUGAGAAUAUUACUGUGAAAGCAGCUGGAGAAGGUUCAUGGAAGGAAUUGUUUCAAAUGGCCCAAAGAUUGUUAAGUCUCCCAAGAUCCUCUCCCUGUUCAGUCCUUAAAUUCUUGGAGUACUGA